AUGACCAUCACUCUUGACGAUCUGAGGGGAGACUCUCCAGCCAUAUGUGGGGACUUCAAUAAAAUCAAAGAGGAGGUGAUCAGAGCUGUGGGUGAGGAUCCAAACGAGGUAGAACGGCUGCUGACUGAGAGGAUCUUGAUGGAAUUCGUUCAAUUCCACAUGAAAAAGAGAGAACCGUCCCUGGAGAAGAAGAAGAAGAGGAUUGCCUUGAAAAUUAUACCACCCAAGAAGCCAUUGGAGUCAAAACCCAACAACUUCGGAAAAAUCAACAAGAAUCAAGAAAAGGAAGAAGAAGAAGAAGGAAAGUCCAGGAAACCCAAGAGGCAGAGGAAGAACCCGACGGAGAUCAAACAAGCGGUUCCGGACCAACUACCUUGCAUGCCAACCGAGUUCAAGAACAGAAUCAUGGGGCUGCAGGGUUCGGACAUCAAUCUUGUCAUUCAAAAAGUUUUGACUGACACUGAUAUGAAAGUAUCUCAGGACCGGCUUUCGAUUCCAAGGGGCCAAAUGAGGUAUGAUUUUCUAAGCAGUGAGGAACAAGCGAGUCUUGAGGAGAAAGAAGCAGAUGGGAAACAUUUCAAAGGCAUGGAAGUGCCAUUGAUAGAGCCAGGCCUUAAGGAAUCGAGCAUCUUCUUGAAGAAGUGGAAAUUGGGUAACAGCUGCAGCUACAUGUUGAGCAACCCAUGGAUAAAUAUUGCAAAGGGAAACGGGCUCAAGUCAGGAAAUGAUGUACAGCUUUGGUCCUUCAGAGUCAACCAAAGGCCCCACUUGGCCCUUAUUAAGCUUAGAUAA